CCCACAGAGGCAGUGGCGGCGGCGGAACCAUGGGCUCCCGGCCGCUGUCUCGGGGGCUUGUCGCCAGCGGGUGCCGGAGCGCGGCGGGGCCCUGGGUACGCUCCCGCGCUCUGCGGUCGCCGUUCCCUUGUGUGGUCUUCCUGUUUUCGUUGUUGCUGGCAGCCCCCGGCGCGUGGGCCGCGGGUUACGAGACAUGUCCCAAAGUGCAGCCAGACAUGCUCAAUGUGCACCUGGUGGCCCACACCCAUGAUGACGUGGGCUGGCUCAAGACGGUGGACCAGUACUAUUACGGCACCCGUAAUGACAUCCAGCAUGCGGGUGUGCAGUAUAUCUUAGACUCGGUCGUCUCCGCCCUAUUGGCGGAGCCCAGCAGACGCUUCACCUAUGUGGAGAUGGCCUUCUUUUCCCGUUGGUGGCGCCAACAGACGAAUGCAACACAGGAAGUCGUGUGGGACUUGGUGCGCCAGGGACGCCUGGAGUUUGCCAACGGUGGCUGGGUGAUGAAUGAUGAGGGGGCUACCCACUAUGGUGCCACAGUGGACCAGAUGACACUUGGCCUGCGCUUCCUGGAGGACACAUUUGGCAACGACGGGCGUCCCCGUGUGGCCUGGCACAUUGACCCCUUUGGCCACUCUCGGGAACAGGCCUCGCUAUUUGCCCAGAUGGGCUUUGAUGGCUUCUUCAUUGGGCGGCUAGAUUAUCAAGAUAAGAACGUACGGAAGAAGAAGCAGGAGAUGGAGCAAGUGUGGAGGGGCAGCGCCAGCCUGAAGCCACCCACUGCUGACCUCUUCACUGGUGUGCUCCCCAACAAUUACAACCCACCAAAGGAUCUGUGCUGGGACAUGCUGUGUGUGGACAAGCCUGUGGUGGAGGACCCCCAAAGCCCCGAGUACAAUGCCCAGAAGCUGGUCAAUUACUUUCUGAAGCUGGCUGCUGCCCAGGGCAAGUAUUACCGCACUAACCACACCAUGAUGACCAUGGGCUCUGACUUCCAAUAUGAAAAUGCCAACUUGUGGUUCAAGAACCUGGACAAACUCAUCCAGCUGGUCAACGCGCAG